AUGCCCGAGCUUGUCCCUUUCCCUGUCACGCCGCCUCCCGUACCAUGUCCCUGCUGCUGCCAGUGGCUUUUCCAGGCCGUUUUCCCGGGCGCCGGCUGCGUCCUCACAAGCUCCCACUCUUUCCGCGCAGGGGGAGCCCCUCCGGGCGUGGAUCCGGAGGCGUUUUCCUGGUUCCAGGCCGUGGACACGGACGGCAGCGGCUACAUCUCCGUGAAGGAGCUGAGGGCGGCGCUGGUCAACAACAACUGGUCGGCGUUCGACACGGACACCUGCGUGCUCAUGCUGAAUCUGUUCGACAGGAGCGGCUCGGGCCGCAUGGACGUGUGCGGCUUCUCGGCCCUGCUGCGCUUCAUCCAGCAGUGGAGGAGCCUUUUCCAGCAGUACGACAGGGACCAGUCGGGCUCCAUCAGCUUCGAGGAGCUUCAGCAAGCUCUCUCCCAGAUGGGCUACAGACUGAGUCCCCAGUUUAGCCAGCUGCUGCUGUCCCGCUACGCGCCAAGAUCCUCCAGCCCCAGCAUCCAGCUCGGCCGCUUCAUCCACAUCUGCCUCCAGCUGCAGAGCCUCACGGAUGCCUUCCGGGAGAAGGACACGGCGCUGGCGGGCACCGUGCGCCUCGGCUACGAGGACUUCCUCACCAUGGUGGUGACACGGAUGCUGUGAGGCCCUGGGCCUCUGCUCCCUCCAUCUCCUGGUUUUCCUCCACCUGGAAAAACGAAUGUCCCCCCUGCCUGGACUGCUGGGGCAGCAGGGAGGCCGUGAGCUCCUGUUUGCAAUCCCAGCCAUCCAAAGCUCUGAUUAUUUUUUGUCCCCGCUCCAAGGCGGUGGGCGCGAUGGCCAAACCAGCAGCGAGCCCAUGCCAUGACCCCCGGGAAGCGCUUAGAUCUUCCUUUGGUGGCCACCAAGCUGUCCCGCAGCCUGGCGGGGUGUCCUUAGGGAAACAUCUCAUUCCUAGCCUGCUUUUGGGGACCCUUUCCCUGGAAUCCAGUGGCAUUUGCCUUGGAUGAGGCUUCGUCUGCAGAGCGCAGGUGGCACAGGGGGUUGUUGGGUCCUGGUGAUGUCCCCCGCUCACCCAAAGGUCCUCGCAGCAGCUCGGAGCUUCCCGCUCGCCUGAAACACCCUCAUGUUGCCAAAGAUCUGAGCGCUCUUUUCCCACUGCUGCUAAACUGGGCUCCAGUCACAGCCAGGAUAAUUCCACCCCUCUUUCCUGCCAAAGGCGGUCCUGGAUGUUCCUGACCGCAGAGGCCAAACUCAAGGGACUUUGAGCUAAUAUUUGC